AUGAUUGGAUACCAACUGGUUAGAAGGACCUUUGCAUCUAAUGUGAAGUGUCUUAAGAAUGUUGAAGAAGAUACUGGAUAUCUAGUGCGCCGCUUAGCGCAGUUGAAAGACGAAAACUUAACGAGCGCAGAGGAUCCAUUGCAUAAGCUGAUGAGACCGGAGAGGCUAGAGGAAUUGCACGAAAGCUUGCCACAAAAGACCUUCCAAGAAAAGUUUCUUAGUAAGAUUGCGGCAGCCAAACUAGGGAGUCAUUUGAGCAAAGAGGCCCGAGAAACGGCGCUGGCUGAACCAUGGAGCGGAGAGGAACACUUUAGCGAUGCCUCGCUGAGAAUGCUGGUCGACCGCUUCAAGGAUAAAAAUGCCGAUUCUAAAGUGAAAUUGGCGAACCUUGCAUUCAAGCCUACUACCAAUACGGUGAAUGAGCUGAAAGGAUUUGUCCCCAAAAACUUGAGAAACAGAAGGCGGCUGGAAUCCGCCCAAGAUAGUGCUUUAAAUUAUCAGAUGGAGAAAAACGAUAAAUGCAAUCAGGAUCGAGAGGCCUCUGAGUUUCGUGCUAUGUAUGCCGAGAAAUUCACACCGGUAGGGUCAUUCGAAAAACUGCGCUCACUAGCAGAUGUGCGUAUCGAAGAAAGUAUGCGAAAGGGAGAGUUCGAUACAGAUAAAUUAAAAGGUAGGAAGCUUGACGUUGAUCAGCCCAAGCCGUAUAUUGAUCGCACCGAGCAUCAUUUAAAUGACAUAAUGGCCCGCCAAAAGAUAAAUCCACCAUGGAUAGACAAACAAGGUUCGGUCAACAAAGAAAUAGAGCUUCUGAGGUCAGAGCUCGAUUCAAGUUUUCGCCAAGAGCUUACCAUGGAAAUGAGGAGAAGAAAUGUUUUUGCCCCCGAGAGAUCCGAGAAUAUUUUUAUUCGGAGUGAGGUUGCUGACCCAUUUAAAGAGACCUGCUUUGAAAAAUGGAAAGGCAAGUACAAGGGUAUAGCUGAAAACAAGAUCAGGACGCUGAAUAAUUCAAUGAGGUCUUAUAACCUUCAAGCUCCAUUGUCUACGCAAAAGUUUUAUUUACUGGUGGACAAAGAGCUGAGUAAAGUUGCUGAAAAAACUGAUGUGGCUCUCGUUUUUCAAGAAGAGAUUCUCAAAAGGCAGCUGCACAGUAAAAAAGCUCAACCGUCUGCCCACGGUGGAGGAUCUGAUUGGUUGAAGAAAUGGAGAUUGUGGGGCAAUUAG